CUCAAGCUAUAGUUUUGCAAUAUCUUCAUGAUAAAUAAUAGUUUUUAUCAUUUUAUUUCUUCAUAACAUAGUUCUCAAAAAUGAAUUAAUUUUUACUAAGAUAUUAACUAAAGGGGGUUUUGUGGUCUUGUUCCAUGCGUUCAGCGAAGUGAAAUUGGUUGGAACUCGAGAUCGACGAGAUCUAUUUUCGGUUUGAGUUGUGUUCCAAGAAACUAAUUUGAUAUUAGGUAUUUUCAUAAAUUGGCAAAAUUUCUAAGCCUGGCCUGGCUAUUAUUCAUAAUAAACUGUCUGUGGGGCUUUAAACUUUUUUUUAGAACGGGUGUGUCCCGUGUGCUUCCGGUUUACACAUGCGCAGUUGCUUUUAAAUGUGUAAAUGACAGUCAUUCAUUGUUAGUUUGUCAGUGUGUUUAGUAAUGUCGUCAACAAGAAAAGGCAAUGAAGCGUCUAUCCCAAGCUUUAAACGACGAUAAUAAAUAAGAAUUAGCACAAUAGUUUGUGGUAAUGCAAUUUGAAAAUAAUGUAGGAGAUACAGAAUUAUUUCAGCAAUCAAACUGAAGUCUGAUACGUACAAUCUCGGGAAUACUUGGAGUGUGACAAACAUCUGAGAGGGGUUAAGUGAGAUGAGUGAUGAUGCAGGAUUAAAGAGUGCUUUUAAUACUAGUCAUUAGUCCAAAAAUUUAGUUCAGUAAAAAAAAGAAAGAAAAAUGGGCACAAAAUGUCUUAGUUCGAUAGCAGAGGAGUAUUUUUACAAUAUCAAUCCUCUGGCCCAAAGAAUUGCAGAAGAUGUUUCUGCAACGAAAGAGGCUUAUGAAGGCCUUUGGAACACCUUGAGUUUAUCCGAACAGAAUCAAGCAAUUGACGAGACUAUAAUUACUCCAGAAAUUGCACUCAAAUAUGCUUCAAGGAAGCUGGAGUCCGUCAAAGAGUUUCCAAAAUCAUAUCCGAAGCUUUGCAUUCAGACUGGGAUGAAGUAUAUUAUCGACGAGACAGGAACGACUUUGCGCUGGCGUGAUGAACAUUCCGCUCCUUUCUCGUUCAUGACUCAAUCGCAAAUGAAUCUCAAUUUAUCGGAUUCAUCAGAAGAAACAAAAUCCUACCCGUAUAAAAGCUACAUCAUGGGCUCUUCACAUUUUUCAAAUCAGAUGCAAAAUUCCCAGAAUACUGAAGUUUCGCUCAACGAUGACUACCAUUCAUCUUCCAAACAGCUCAGUUUUUACAAAUCCGAUAAUUACUCGGACACUGCCUUCUCAACCAGUGAUCGCAGCAAUCUUCUCAACAGUCUUACUGAUAGUGACAAUUCCGAGAAUAUCUUUUCGAAAUUGAUCAACAAGACUUCCUUACUGAAGAUACAAAGUGACUACGAUGACGACCUCGAGAGCUUGAUGCCAAUGAGAAACGCACAAAAAACAUCAAUUAGCGAUAAGUCUCAAAUGAAUAUUAGUUUAAGUACCAUACGACAGCAGUCAAGUGACACUACAGAAUCGACUGCGUUGUUAGAUACUCCUAGCUCCUACAGUAGCUACCAGUCCUCUCAUUUGAAUCACGAUGAUUCCAUUCCAAAGACUGGAUUUGAAUUUUUAGAUAAUUGGUAGUUUUGAAUUUUUUACUUUAUUACGUUUAGCAUUCAAUAUCAGUGCUUAUUAUUCUAUAAUCUUAGUUAUUUAAGAAGCUUUUUCUUAUAGGAUAAUAAUCCAGAAUAGGAAACCAAAUUAUAAUUAUAGUUUCUCAUUGGUUCUUUGUUUUUAUAACUUAAAGAUUCCAUUCAUUCAUUUCUAAAAAGUCACCCGAAUAUAGUCAGUAAUCAAUAUAGAAUAGGGCGAAUUGAAAAAAGUUCUUCAUUCGUAGUUCUAUAAUGGAGCUGAUAACUUUCUUUUGGGACUUAAAAUGACUUCCCUAAGGUUUCAUUAAAAAUAAAAAAAAAAUAAAAAUUUUCUAAAAAAGACAGUUCUUUUGAAGUACCAAUAAUUUGUUUAUGCCUUUUAAGUUAUCAAAAAAAAUAGUUUGGAGCAAGUGAAUUUACACCUGUAUAGCAAUGAUACUAUAAAAUAUUUUUUACCAUUCCUAAUAUACAUUGAAAUUGAGGAAAUCGACUUUUUCGCUAUUUUCUUAGAGGUUUAUUAGUUUACUCUUCUAUUUGACCAUGAAAUGUGUGAUAUAUGUUAUUAGGAAUGUAUUUGCAAUAAAAUCUGAAGCAUCUUGACAUUACAAUAAUUGAGGUUGAUUUGAAAUUGCAAGAAAAAAUCCGAAAGGGAAUAUUUAUUUUUACUUUACGAUAAAGAGAAUUUUCGGUGUGGGAAUGGAGUAAAAAUGGUUUUUACUGUACCAAAAUUUUUGUUUGUAUUGUCCUGUAUCGUAUAUUUGCUGCAAAUUAUUAAAAAAGUUUAUUUUCUUAUAAAAUUCGAGGACUCAGGCCAAAUAAUUUCUUUUUAAUUCUUCACAACACAGAUAUAAAUCUAGGUAUACUCCAAACCUUUUUAACUUCAUUCAACAAAAAAUUCAUAUUAUCAUGAAAUAAAAAUAAAAAAAUCGCUUUUAUAUAUUUUCUUGUAAUUCAGUCAAUGAAAUUGAUUUUAAUGCCAAUCUUCGUACUUUUUUUUAAAUUAAAGUUUCAGAUAUCAUUUUUUGCUCGAACUUGGACUAAGAAUGAACUACGCAUGAAGAACUUUUUUUCGAUACACCCUAUUAUUAAUAGAAUAUCUACAUAAUUAUAAAUUAUAAGACUGGAUGAAUUCCACAAGAACUAUAGACUGCUUCGAACAAAGUAUAUAAAUCAUAUCCAAUACACAACUUAUUUAGGUUCCAUGACAUUUGCAACACUAAUCCUUUUUAUAAUGUUUAUAUUAUUCACCCAUAAGUUUACCAUUUGAUUAUAUGUUUCAAGAACUUUUCCAAGAUGGCCACUAACUAGCAAUUAAAUAAUUUUGAAUCUUUAGAUGUACACGAUUUUAGGAUUAAGAAUUAAAAACUGAAGGAUUUAAACAUGAAUAUGUUAAUAAUUGAAGGUUUCAAAAUCCAAUGAUCAAACCUAUAGAAUAUGACAUUUAAAGAAAUGUUGUCAGAAGAAAAAAUUUGAUAAUUUCGUGCCAUUAGAUAGGGAUUUUUACCUUUUUUUUAAUCCCGUCAAAAAUGAAAUUCACUGUAAAUUUUCCAGUUACUCCAGUAUCAAAAAAUUUCUGGUCGGUUGCCAUUCCAAUGGUCACCCUGCGUCCCGGUCGCUAGUCACAUUAAUGAUCUAUUUGUUUGUUAAAUUUUUUCUCCAAAGAGAAUCGAUGUGUGUAUGUGUGUGUUGGCAAAAUUUCAGUGAAUUUUGUAUGUGAAGAAAUGUGUUUUGUGUAGCAUGAAAAGUUUCUACAUUUUUUAAAACAUUGUAUUUCAUUGUGAAGUAUUUUCACAUUUUUUGUACCAUUUUGAAAUAUAAUACAAAUGAAUCUAA